GAUUAAAACUCCAAAAUAUUCUGCCAGCUUGUGUUGCCCAGAUGGCGUUGCCCGCCCUCUCUUCAUUCUGGGUCAGCCGCAACAGGGCGCUGGAGAGGCAGAUCAUACGCCACCGUGACCAAGAGGCCCGCUUCCGCCAGCAGUGGGAGCUCAACAGCCGCUAUUUCAAGCAGUCAGGGGUGUAUAGCUUGAAGCAGGCCCAGUGGAGUUCAAGGCAGUCCUACCAGCAGAGCAUGACUGCUUAUCACCAGGAGAGGCUGAAGGAAGAAAAGCAGAUCAGCUUGGAGCAGAGGCGUGCACGGCUCCAGAAACUGCUGUGUGAAGAACGCGAGAUGCUGGCAGCAGAGCUGCGGGAGCUGCGCCUGAACAAGGACACGUCCCUGAGUGAGAUGAGGCAGAAGCACGAAGCGCUAAAGUCUGCCAGGGAGGAGCAAAGGAAACAGAUUGCAGAAGAUCUUUUGCAUGAACGCUGGAAGAAGAACAGCAAUAAGCUCAGAGAGGUUGAGUCUCAACUGCACAAGAAGCAUGUGGUGGAGGCGUGGGGGGAUCAGCUGACCCAAAAGCAGCAGCAAGAAGCGACUGAACGGGAGGAGAAGAUCCGCUUGGAAAAUAACUACGAGGCAGCUCGGAGGGAAGCUCUGGAAAGGAUGAAGCAGGAAGAAGAGAGGAGGAGGCAGAGCGAGAAGGCCCAAGCCGAGCUCCUGCGCCAACAGAUGGAGGAGCUGAAGCUGCGGGAAGCAGAGGCAACAAAGCUUAAGGAGGAGGAAGAGAGCUUGAUGCAGCAGCACUGGGAGCUGGAGGCCCUGGAGGAGGAGAGGAAGCAGACAGAGCAGAACAGGAAGAAGAUGGAGUUUGGGCGCUUUCUGAAGCACCAAUAUCGAGCACAGCUGAAGAGACGAGCUCAGCAGGUCCAGGAAGAGCUGGAGAAGGACAGACAGAUCCUCCUGGCGCUGGCAGCAGAGGAGGACAAAGACCAGAGCCUGCAGACUGCCCGCCGGGAACAGGCCAUUGCCGCCGUAGGCUGGAUGAAGAAGGUGAUUGAGGAGCAGCUGCAGCUGGAAAGGGAGCGCGAGGCUGAGCUGGACACCAUCUUCAGGCAGGAAGCCAAGCAAGUGUGGGAAAAGCGAGAAGAAGCGUGGGAGAAGGAGCGGAGAGCCCGAGACAGGCUCAUGGCUGAGGUCCUGGCAGAGAGACAGCGGCAGGUCCAGGAGAAGAUGGAGCGGAACAGGCAGGCCCAGCAGGAAUCGGUCAAGUGCCGGGAGCAGCUGAUCCAGGAGCUCGAGGAGGCAAAGCAGCUGACGCAGAGGGAGAAGGAAGAGGAGGCCGAGCUGAAAACGGCCCGCAAGCGAGAGCUGCAGGCCCAGCUCACCGAGCGCCAGCGUCAGGAGCAGGAGGAGCUGCAGAGCCGGCGGGCAGAAGAGGCAGCGGCACGGCUGGAGGAGCAGCGGCAGGAAGAGCGGGAGCAGCGGGAGGCCAGGCGCAUGGAGGAAAGGGGCUAUCGCCAGAAGAUCUACAGCUAUCCCAAGGCAGCUUGGACCUAAGGAGGCCCUGUUGGAGUUGGCAUUCUGCAUUCUGCUUGCCAGGGGCAUCUACCCCUGCUGCGUGUUCGUAUCGAAGUUUGUGCCGAAAGGCCUGGGGAAUACUGGGUGGGUCUCAAGUGAAACAGCCGGGAGGGCAGGCAGCAGGUGCUCUGAGGACUGGAUGGCUUCCUAGACGGCAAGAGGCUUUGCAGGUUGCAGCGUUGAAAGCCAAGAAACGUUUCCCUUGAGGCUCCUGGCAGGGCUGGGAGGGACUCGCUCGCAGCCUGCGUGGAAGAACUCGGUGACAUCCAGGCCGUGGCCUUCUCAGGCUCUUCCUGUGUGGGAACUGGGCGCUUGCUGCAUCAAGCCUUCCCGAGCGAGGCAUGACGUAGCCCUUCCUAGCCAGGUGGGGGAUCAGAUGUAAAAAGGCAAUAAAGGUGGGAUUUUUUGUACUUUCCAU